AUGCCCGUCAACAUUGCUUCAGUCAUGACUACCGCCAAGCAGGCCGCCCAGUUGGCCAAAGAUGCCAACGCGGCCCGCGCCGCCGUCGGGGAGUUUUCAAAAGCCGACAAGGGGCAGAUGGGCCGUAACGCUGGCCGGGCCGCCAUCAACCACGGCGCCGGGAUGGGCAUGGAAGCGGGCAAGACAUGGCUCAAGACAUUCGAGACGAUCCCGCGGAUCUUCGUGCGCUUGACUCAGUUCGUCAUGGCCCUCGCCGCCGCCGGCUUCUAUGGCAACCGCGUCGACGCCGACCGCAAGGCCAAAGAGGGCUACGCGCCCGAGUGGCUCUUCGCCGUCAUCAUCUGCGGCCUCUCGGCGGUCACCUCCGUCUUUUUCCUGCUCGUCGCAUCGGCCGGCAUCAUCCCGGGCAUCGGCCGCCUCAAUAUCAUCAAGACGUACCGCGCGUGGGCGUGGGACGCCACACUCUGCGUCGCCUGGCUGGUUAUUUUCGGCAUGUUCGCGGGCAUCUUCCUGAAUCGCAAGAGUGACGACCCAUACAAGGGCGCCAGCGUGCGCGUAAUGAAGGUGGCGGUCUGGGUUGACCUGGUAAGCAUGAUAUUUUGGAUGCUCACGGCCGUGUACGGCUGCCUCCUGAUGUUCGCUCGGCAAUGGCUGGAUGGGAUCGGCGACAGGCUUUGCAACAUGUUUUCCAAGAAGAAGAAUAAGGGGAAGGACAAGGGGAAGGGCAAGGGGAAGGGGCUCGAGAUGGAGAACUACUCAGAGAAUGUCUAG